GGUAGGUCGGGCGUUAGAAUAAUUCUGUUUUUUACUUUGUUUUUGUUUAGUUAAAUUAACUCAACGUCUUUUAUCCUUGGAACUGAAGAUGAAACGGUCAAUUAUGGUGCUGUUUAGUUCUAGCUAUGUUAUUAGUUUGUUCUAAAUAAGACGUGUUUUGUGAUACCUCUAUAAGGAUGAUAACCGGGACCCAGACUAAACAAAGGAACCCUUUAGUAUUCCUAGAUGUUUCCAUUGAUGGCGAGAAAGCUGGUCGAAUUGUUAUAGAAUUAAGAUAUGAUGUGGUGCCUAAAACUGCUGAGAACUUCAGAGCCUUAUGCACAGGCGAGAAAGGCAUUGGUGUCUUCGGAAAACCCUUACACUAUAAAGGAUGUCGAUUUCAUAAAGCGAUAUCGCAGUUCAUGCUGCAAGGCGGCGACAUCAUCAAUGGCGACGGGACGGGCAGCGAGAGUAUCUACGGCCCCACGUUCGAAGAUGAAAACUUUCAACUUACCCAUCUCACAGGAGUUGUUAGUAUGGCCAACGCGGGCCGAAACUCUAACGGGUCGCAGUUCUGCGUGACGACAGUGCCGUGCCCUCAGCUCGACGGCACGAAUGUGGCUUUCGGCAACGUGCUGGCCGGACUCGGAAUAGCUAUCGAGAUACAGCGACUGUCUGACGACGGACAUAUAAGUGUGGAAUGCGUGAUAGAUGAUUGUGGAGAGAUCACAGAGGAGAGUUGGGACGUGAGUUGCAGAGACGGAACAGCUGACCAGCUUCCAGAGUAUCCUGAGGAUAUACGGAUCAACCUUACCAUAGAGGAGUUAAUGCAGAGGAUACGGGAAGUGAAGACUGUUGGCAACUCUUUGUUUUGCGCGGCGCAGUACAAGACGGCUACGCGGAAGUACCACAAGUGCUUGCGGUUUCUGUACCACGCCAGGGAUGUUCUAGAGGAAGGCAGAAAAGGGCCACAUGACGACUAUGACGAAGAAAUAACGACGUAUAUACUCCAAUGUAACCUGAACUUAGCGGCCUGUUUCACCAAAAUGGACGACUUCAGAGCCUGCAUCAGAUGUUGUUCCGCGGUACUAAACAUAGACUCCGAAAACGAAAAAGCCCUGUACCGUCGAGGUCAUGCGAACUUCGCCCUUCAGAAUUACGAAGCAGCCCUAUCCGAUCUCAAGAGAGCCGACCAAGUCUCCCCAAAGAACAAAGCAGUACAGAAACUUCUGGAAGACGUGCGCCACUCGUACAAAAACUAUAAUGAUUUACAAAAACAGCGGCUAUCAAAGUUUUUUCGUGAGCAAAAAGAGGAGAGCGCCGUCGCCGGACAUCACUGAAAUAAGGCUCAAAGUUAUGAUUUACAAGAUUUUUUGAAUAUUGGAUAAAAUCAGGCGUUCCUUUGCGGAAUUCCAUAGUGCAUCCAAACAAAUAUCAUAAAUGCGAAAGUGUGUGUUCUUCGUUUGUCCUUACUUUACGCCCUGACUUCGAAUUUCGAACUUUGAUUUUACGCAUGGAAUUAGUUGAAAGGAUGGAGAGUAAAAUAGGCUACUUUUUAAACCAGAAAAACAAAGUGAUUCCA